CACUCCUUUACAGGAAAUAGUUCAAGAGGCAAUUAUGGUACAACCAAACCAGACAGAGGAAAUUCAACAAAUAGUGCAAUCAGUAAAUAGUGAAGUCAAUGAACAAUUACCAGUAUCAAAUCCAGACAAGCAAGACUGGGUCUUCAACAGGAGGUUCAUAAAAAAUCCAGCUUUCCAAGAUGAUAUAACAGACCCUGCUAAACAGUUUAGUGUAGUUAGUUACAAUAUUCUUGCCCAGUGCCAUCUAGAGAGAGGUGAUUACAGUUUUACAGAACCCCAGUUUUUGGCCGCUGACCACCGAUACCAGAAAGUGCUGCAGGAGCUGAGGUACCUGGAUGGGGAUAUCGUCUGUCUUCAAGAGGUGGAACCAGGGUUUUAUAAUGACAAACUGAUGGCAGCUAUGAAAGAAAUGGGAUACGAGGGACGGAUGAGAAAGCGUACUGACGAUUAUUUUAAUGAAGGAGAGGCCCUCUUCUACAAAUCUAGUCGAUUUACCAUUGUAGAAAGCAAUACCUACUCCAUGGCUGAACUAGCAAAUAAGGAAGUUGAUGACGGGGUGGACCCUUCACAACAGGAGGCCAUCAAGGGGUACCUGAAUCGUCCCGAUGUAAUGGUCCUGGUCAAGCUUCAGUGUAAUAGAACCGGACAGAUCCUCACUGUAGGAAAUAUCCAUGUCCACUGGGGCAGAAUCAAAGUUGAAGAUGUAAAGUGCAUACAG